AUGACGGAGAAAACAGCCCCCUGGUGGAGGUCUUUCGUGGGCAAGAGGAGAAAAACAGCCAGAGAAUCGGCAGCGAUCCUGGAACGAGACCUACACCAGGAGCCGGACCAACAACCCACUUCACCCACAGAUCCAGCGAAAGAAGCAGGCAACUGCCUGGAUAGCGACGAAACUUAUGACGACUCCGCUGUUCAGCCAACUUUCAACGAGCUCUCCAAUCGCCGUAAUCUCCUUGUGUCCCGCUCCGGUCGCUUCAAAGAGAAACGGAAGACACGCGCGAGUCUUCCACAGAGCAACGAAGGUGAUGUGAAACCUGCAGCUGUCAAAUCCUCUGACGUUCAAUCAACGCACUGA